AUAAACUCCAAUAUUUGCAGUAUUAAGUCAGUUUAAAUUGAGUAUAGUUUUACGGUAUCUCUUAAACAUGAAAUUCAUUUUAAUCCUGGCUUGUCUCACGCUCUUCGUGGCCUAUACUCAGGGUCAACGCUCUUGUCGAGGUCGUGUUCCUCGUAAUGAGCAAAGUUGUCUUGGCCGCAGAGAUUCCGGACGGAGUGGACGUCGGCAGAGUUGUCGAAGAAAUGCCAAUAACGAUAUGUGGUACUAUGACCGGUGGACUCAGUCCUGCAGGAAAAUGUCCUAUCGAGGUUGUGGUGGUAACAGAAAUCGCUAUUGCUCUUUGGAAGCUUGUGAAAGGAAAUGCAUUCGUAGAGUUGUAACACUUCCUUCCACUGAACCAACUGAAUCAACUGAGCCAACUGAAUCAACUGAACAAACUGAACCAACUGUAUCAGUUGAAGCUGCUACAGUACCAUAAUUUUUAAAUAUAUUUUAAUAAAUGAACCAGUUGAUAAAAACACAAGAAA